AUGACAUCUGCCACAGUUGGCGAGACGCGCCCCGAGUCGAAGAGCUUGAGAGCAUGGGUGAGUGGAUGCGCGGGCGCCAGGUCGGCUAGCAUGGUCGUACUGAGGCUUUGCAUGCGCUCUGUAGUGGUCUGCAUUCACCAAAGUCAAGACGGCCAACGCUGCCAAAACAGCCAAAGGUGCGUCUUCGUCUUACCAGUCUCAACUCUUCCGGCCCACCCGCUCAUCCACUUGUGCGAACGAUCACGACAGUGCAAGCGGAAACAGGAGUGUUCGGACAACCUUUGAGGAGGAGUUUGAAAUAUGCCAGUGUAGCGAUUAGUAUGGCAGGAGAGGAUGGGCAGCAGUAUGUCUGGGGUUACGUGCCUGUCAUAGUCGCCAAGGUGGGCUUGUACCUGAAAGAGAAUGGUGAGUCUGCACGUUGCCAGGCAAUAAGCCACGUCGGAUUGAGCUGGGGCCGGCUACGCGGUAUGAGCCUGAGACGUGUGCCAUCGUCGUCAUGACCACUACCCUCCCAACGAGUGCGCGCUGACUCGCGUGUGUCUUGUGCAGCGACCGAAGUGGAAGGUGUAUUUAGAAUAGCUGGCUCUCAAAAGCGGAUGCGGGAGCUGCAAGAAGUAUUCGACACGCCUCCCAGAUAUGGCAAAAAUGUAGACUGGUCGAAGUACAGUGUUCACGAUGCAGCCUCUGUGCUCCGGCGGUAUCUCAACCAAAUGCCUGUGAGUCUAGGGGUAGGGUCAACCAUCACUGUGUCCUCGUCAUCCAGCUCACGACGGCAUUUCGGCUGUAACCUCUCUGCUGGUCUUAGGAACCCAUUAUUCCGUUGCAUCUGUACAACGAAUUUAGAGCUCCGAUGCUCAAAGAGCCUUUGGAUGUCGACGCAGCUAUUAAGACCUACAAGCUGCUUAUCAACUCCAGUCCUCCAGCAAGUCAGUACUUGUUGCUCUACGUCUUGGACCUCUUGGCCGUUUUUGCUCGGAAGUCAGAAGUCAACCUGAUGCCCGCCAGCAGUGAGUAGCGCCGACCCCUGAAUAUCGCGUGGGGGCUGCCCCCGCUGACCUGGAGCAUCAUGCGCAGAUUUGGCUGUCAUCUUUCAGCCCGGCAUGUUUUCGCAUCCUUCGCACUUGCAGUCGCCAGACGAGCACAAGGUGGCCGUACAGGUUUUGGAGUUUCUGAUUGAGGUGAGUGUCGGCGGAAAGGUAAAGGCAUGUGCACAUAUCGCCUGACUUACCUCGAUUUGUCCGCCGAUUUUAGCAUCAAGAUCAUUUUGUCUUGUCCAUCGGUCCGCCACCACCUGCAAACGUAGCGCCUGCCGAGCUCACUUCGGUCUCGCAGCCAGCGACGGAUGAAACAACAGAUUUGCCCUCCGACUCGGAUGAGGAUUUAGGAGAGUUGGAGGUGCAUGAGGGAGGUGGUGCAGCCAUGGCGCGAGCGGCAAGUCAGGCGACUCCUUCACCGGCGCGUCGAAAGGGUCUUUUUGCUGGAAUUCGAGGAGCAGGCAGAUUGAGCCCCAACAUGCGGCGAGAUCAGGUGGAAGAAGAAGAUAUUGGAGGACAGAGCAAUGCACCGGUGGCAUUAGGCGGCGGCACACCUAGUGGGGCAACCGUCCAGAGGUCAAAGACGACCCCUAGCAGGAGGCCUUCGAGAAAGGACCCUUCCAAGGAGAAAGACGCCUCCGGUGAGACUUCUGCUGCAGCAAGCAAAGAAACUCGAAGUCCAAGAAGUCACAUGCGAAGGAAAAGUUCGGAGGCAGGAAGCCCGAGCCCGAGCGCAGCUGCAAGUCCUUCGUUGGGUGUGCAACCCUUACCUCUCAUGACCCCGCCAGUAGGCCCGAUCAGCGACACUUCACCUGCGGCUCAAGCCACCACUGAAGCGGCCUCUGCUACAGCUUCGUCCGCUGCCACUGCAGAAAGCAACAUUGGCGGCUUGCCCACCCCUCCGCCCUCAAAGUUUUUGAGAUCGACUAGCGCAAGUAGCCAGAAUACACCCGCCUCGCCUUCAAGGGGCUAG